AUGGGAGGGUGCCGAUGCACAUUUCGUGAGUGUGAAAAUGGAACGUCCGCCCGGAAAGAUUUGCACUACUUUCGAUAUCCUAUACGUGAUCGGGAGCGGCUGGUAGUGUGGGCCAAGAACGCUAAUCACAUGGAGUAUUUGGAUCUACCGAUCGACAAGCUUUCCAACAAGGUUGUGUGCCAGGACCAUUUCGAGCGUCCAAUGUUUAUGAACGAACUACGCGAGCGACUGACGAAGCUGGCUAUACCGCGUCUAAUGCCACAACCGGACGGUUCCGUACUGAAUGUGGAAAUGGUUGAUGUGGAGAGGUGCAAAAGUUCACCCUCAGAAGAAUCACUCGAACCGGUGCAAUCGUCUUCAGAGCAAACGGAUAUUAAGAUCGAGAAAGUAGUAAUGGGACAUGACGUUCGAAAAAGUGUACGGGGCGUUGAGCCUCUGCGGAAGAAAAUUAAAAUACUCAACUCGGAAACCUUGAUUCCUAGCAAAUCCGACACUCCCUGCGAAGUGAUACGGAUUGAAACGUCGGAAAUGAAUCAAGCAAAGCGGUUGCGACACCUGUACAAUAGUAACAUUAAUGCCAAGCACCGUAAACCAUCACCAGUGCGAAUAGCAAAAGCAACAAUUGCUAGAGACGAAAAUGGUGAACCGUCGUAUUCGGAUGAAGAGCAUGUGAAUUACAUUGGGCACAACACACAAUCAUCGGAAAAAAUUGGAGAAUCGUCUUGUUCGGCGAACAAUCAGCAUGACGUACCGAACUCAUCCGUCGGUAAUAUUGUUACGCUUAUUCCACCGCCCGUUACGGUGCCCUUGCUAGAUCCAGCGUUAAACGAAAAAAUUGAUCAAAGUGUUCGCGAGUUAGGAGAACUGAAGCAGAUGGUGCAAAAGCUCGCCAAUCGUCCCGAGCCACAGCCGGUGGUUGUUCCAGCGGCAGCACCGACACGAGUAGUCAUGGAAAAAGGACCGCAGCUAACAAAGGCACAGUUGUUUAGUAGCAUAAAAAGAUAUCUCAAUCCGUCGAUGGUCACGCUGCUGCGUAUGGAACUGUUUGCGGGAUCGGCCGAACGUCCGUGGAAACCGGACGAGAAGAGUCUUGCGGUCGAUAUGAUCAAUCUAGGCGAUCAUGUGUACGACUAUUUUAAGGAAGAGUUUCGCUUCCGUUUACCACCGAAAAGCGAGGCAAAGUUGUGGAAAGAGUCGGGAGAAAUCGAUGCCGACGAUGCGUGCUAG